AUGCCGACGUCGCCUCUCGCUCGACCGCCUUCUCCCCCCUUUCCUGGGGGCCGCGAUGCCCCAAAGCCCUCCAGCGACACUCCAAUGAGCGCCUGUUCCCCCUCGCCGCCGCUGCCCGCGGCGACGCUCGCCUGUCUCCGGGUGUUGGAGACCUUGGGGCGGAGGCGCCCGGAGUCUCAGGCCGAGGAUGUGUCUGUCGCUUCCAGUCACGACAGUUUGGACUUUUCCGCCUUUCUGAGUUUCUCGGAGAUUCAUCAGUUGCUCCUCGACGCGGAGGCCCUCGAUACACCUGCAAAGUAUGCGCACAUGUUCCACGCAGUCUGUGUCUUGGCUGACCGGCGUCUCGAGGCCUUGCAACGCAGAGUGGGAGCGUCGAACCCCUUGUCGGGAGUGAAGAAGAAGCGACGCUUAACUGUCGAGGGCGCACUGAAGAGAGAAGACGGCGAACGGGACGACAGGGAGGGCGAGAGGAACGCGAAGACUGGAGACGCCGAGGCAGCAGAAAAGUCGCUCUUCGAAGAGGAAGAAGGCUUGGGGUCGGAGGAGGCACCGGACAGAUUGGAAACAGGCGAGGAGGAAGGAGCGCCACAGCACCGCAAGACAGGCGGCAGGGAAGCACAGCAGAGCCCGGGGCCAGAGUGCCGCCAGGCGUGGCGGCGGGGUGUGAUUCGCCGCUUCGACACCAUCGACCAGCUCUUGACGCAGAGUUCGUCCGUCUUCUCGUCUCCGUGCGCCGCUUCGGGGACGCGAGAAGAACCGGCGCAGGCUCCGCGCGUGAGCGGGAAAGAGCGCUGUCGCCGCGCAAUGCGACUCGUGAGACAGUGGGCAGCGUUCCUCUUGGAGCUCGAGAAGCUGCGCAGGCAAACCGUCGACCGCGUUCGCUCCACCAGUGAAGAAGCCCAGGGACUCACGCACAUGCUCUUCUCGCCAGCAGAGAGCGGCUGCGACGCGCAGGAGAAAAGAAAAAAGAGCGAGAUUAUCGUCGCCGGAUUCGACGACGACAAUGGAGAAGAAACGGCUGCAAAAGAAGAACGGCGACUGGAACUUCGGAUCGCCGCGACGGCGCAGCUCCUCCGUCUGCCUCUUCUUCCUCCCUUUGUCUUCCCCACCGACGCGUCGGUGACGGAAGCUCGAGCGAAAUUCGACCGCUGCUUGGCCAGGUGGAGAGAAGAUCGGGCACGACGAAAACAGCAGGAGGAAGAAGCCCUCAAGAAGGCCAGUGCGGCAGCUUCGAUCGUCACUUACGUGACAGAGCGCAUGCGCGAACAAGAAGAGGCUUCUGCUGCACUGGCCUCGGCGCUUCCCGGCUCGUCGCAGGCUCUGGCGGCCCUUGUUAGGCAGCGGAGCAUUUCCCACGCGUUCUACUUGCUCGGCCUCAAUCCGCUGACAGCCACGGUUCAGAUGGUGGAGGCAGUGAAGAAGAAGUGGCGAGUUCUGCUCCACCCCGACAAGUUCCACAGCAUCCACCCUCACCUGCUUCACCAGGCCACCGAAGCCUUCAAGGCAUUUCAACUCGCUGUCGAUGAGGCCAUUCGAACUCUGAACCAGCGGCGAGUCGACCCGAGCUGGGCACAACCGCCUCCUCCGCCUGACCCUUCUGCCUCUCCCGUGCCUCCUGGCAUGUCCCCCUUUUCGAAUGGUUCUUCAAAGUCUUCGCCGACUCCAAGCCCCAGCGCGACGUCGCCGGCGGGCGCGGCUGCGCCGGCGACUGCUUCGUCGCCGUGCCCGCUCCCCACUCGUCAGUAUUUCCCAGAGUUUUCGAUUGAAGUUGCGCCUCGCCGAAAGUCUUUGGGCGCCUUUUUCCUGUAUGUCUCGGCUGCUGGAGCGGGGGCAGAUCCUGCCUUCUCGGAAAUCACAGAGAUUAGGGUGUAUGUACACCGGCCCACGAUGGGUGGACCGCCCGGGAACCUCACCCCGCCGGCCGAAGCACUUUCCGCGGUGAUCACGCGAAAAGUGUCUCUGGUCAGUUCGCGGCAGCGAGAAGACGACCGGGCGGUGGAAGAGAAAAUCGAGGUUGUGGACGCAGUGCAGCCACUGUCUUUAGGGGAAGAGCGUCGAUACUGGGUCGGCGUCCAGGUCGAGGGCAAGAAGAAGGAUUUCUCCUUGAUUCGCUGGAGCCCCGUUCUGCUUCGCCUAGCUCUGCCGCCGUCCGUCGAUGCACCUGAGAGCGAGGACGCGUCGGCGCGCUUUCCUCUCGGCUCUGCACUGGGGGGAAAAAAAGACGAAGCCGGCCAAGCGACGGCGGAGGCGCGUGUCCUGACUGCGUUCUUGACGAGCUUCUCUGAGGCCGCAUUCCUCGACGCUCGCACGCGGGGGAAAGUCGACGAACUGCUGGCCUCUCUCAAGCGACUGGUCCGCCACAUCUCGAAAAAGAAAACGAAAAAGGGCGCCGACGGCGGCAGUGACUUUCCGGGGACGGCGCUCUCUCCCGAACUCCUGACGGAGUAUCUAGCAACAGCCAAAGAGGCGCGAGAAACCCUCCACCUGUGUAUAGAGAAAGGCAAAGUCUGGGCGAACCGCAACUCGUAG